UCACGUGACGGGGGAGGCUGCGCACGCAUCCCGGAGGAAGGUGGUGGCGGAGAAUCCUGAGGACGCUGAGGCGGGGGGGAGGGGAGUAAGAAAAAGGACCCCGGUCGGUGCGAAAAAAAUCUCUGUCAGGCGAUGACCCGCGGAUGGGUCCCCAACCCUGGCAGCCGGGGGCAGCGGUGACCUCGAGCCCCGGCACUGCCCCUUCCUAGGGGGGCGGACAUGGGCUGGAGCCGCCGCCCGUGGCUGGGCUCCCCCCGCUGCACGGCCCCGACCCCUGGCUGGAGGCAGGAGGUGCCCCGCAGAAUGCCCUGGGCCGCUCGGGAUCAGGGGCUGGUCAGCUUCACCGGCACGGCACUGCCAUGCAUCCGCCAGCUGCCCCACGUGGCGUCGCUGGCCCUGAAACGCCGCCUGGGGAAGGAAGAGCAGCAGCCCGGCCCAAAGCAGUUCCUGUCGGAGGAGAAGAUGGCGGCCCGCUUCAACACGCUGAGCCUGGAGAACGACCACGUCUACAGCGGCAACGGGUUCCCCGCCCGGGGCCCGGCGCCCGACCCCGCCUGGGCGCAGUGGGUGCAGGAUUACGCCCGCUGCCGGGAGCCGGAGCAGAGCGCUGUGUGUUCCCCCUAG